AUGACCCCUGCUUCUCCUGUUGGUUCAUCCACAGCAGGCGAGGGCCUGGCAUUUGUAGUAACUGCGGCAGCACCCCAGGGAGCUGCAGCAGGGGUGGGGCUGGGAGGGGUGGGGAAGCGGAGUGUGGCGGUGGAGUUUGACUCGGUGCUGAGUGUGAAGCAAAGCGACCCCAACGACAACCAUGUGGGCGUCAAUGUGGGCGGCUCACCUGUGUCCCUCGCCUCUGCCACAGCCCCUCUCAUCCUCAACGACGGCCACACCAAGCACGCCUGGAUCCACUACGACCCCACCAGCGGCGGCACCCUCCGAGUCUUCCUCUCAGCCUCCAGGCAGCAGCCGUCCAAGGCUGUGGUGACGGCGAGAGUGUCUCUGUGCAGCGCGCUCAAGCCCACCGUUGGCAAUGCCUCCUUCCGCUUUGGCUUUGUGGCUGCCUCAAACAACACUCAGAGGCACGACAUUCUGUGGUGGAACAUUGCGACAGGUAGUGAAUUCGGGCAGGUGGCAUCAAAUGAAGAGGUUACAGCCAGCAGCGCCGACAUUGUGCCCUCUUCGUUCCACUAUGCCAGCCUAGCGUUCCUUCCCAGUGCGGAUGGGCUGCCUUCCUGGACCCUCCCUUCCUUUGUCUCUUGGAUGCGGGAUGAGUCAACGUGGCCCGUGAAGAACCAGCAUGGAUGCGCCGACUCCUCAGCAUACGCAGUGGUGGCGGCUGUGGAGGCAGCUUACAGCAUUGCAAGCAACUCAUAUAGUCCCCCAAGGCUGUCGGUGGAGCAGCUGCGACUGGCCCUCUCCGCCAACUGCGACGACAUGCCUCCGCGCGAUGUGCUGGCCUUCCUGGUGGCUGCCACGCGCAAGAGAGGGGGGCUCGUGGAUGACGCAGCAGCAGCGGCCGCCAGUCCCCACAGCAUGGCGUCCGCCGGCCAGCGGGAGAGACUGGCCGCGGUGAGUUGCAGCGAGAGAGAGGACCUCUCCAGUCCGUUUAGCCUGCCUGCGCCCCUCUGGGUGAUCCGCAACUCAUGGGGCAGCGGAUGGGGCGCUGCAGGGCACAUGUUCAUGGACAUGCGGAGCGGGCCGGGCGUUUGUGGCAUCAACACACUGCCAGGCAUCUUCCCCAUCCUCCGAUCUACUGCUGACCCAUGUGGCAGCAAGUCAGUGAUGCUGGCGGGCCCACCAGGAGUGGCAGGGAGCAACGCGUUCAACCCGUGUGGGCAGUUCAAGUGCUCCAAGGCCGGAGCAUCCAACCGCUGUGCCUGUGCUGCUCCCCACUUCGUCCAGGCCUCCCACCCCGACGGCUCCAACACCUGCGCCUAUGUGGACGCCUGUGGGCUGGCAGGCAGCAACCCUUGUGUGGUGGGCACGUGUGUGAACGAUGGGAAGGGCAGCUACUCCUGUGUGUGUCCCCCGGGGUUCUUUCAAGGCACCACCGCCAAGGGAACCCUCUCUUGUGCUCCUGGUGACAGCAAGGGGACCUACACGGUGCGUGGCAGCAACGUGUGGUGCUCUCACUUGCUGCCCAUGCUUGGCCUCACUCUGGACGAACUCAAGCAGAAGAACAAGGUUGGUCGCAUUGGCGACAGCUGUGCAUCGAUAGCCGCGCUGUUUGGUCUGAGCGAGGGGUGCCCUGUGGAGGGCGAGGCAUGUGAGGAGGCGUUGGUGGGGCUCAACCCUGGGCUGGACUGUGCAGCACUCACGGGCAGGUUGGCCGUGUGUGUGGAGCGGGAGGAGAGCAAGGCGGGGAUGGUGGCAGUGUGUGACCAGCAGUAUGAAAUGGAGGGCAGUGAUGGCUGCGAUGCUGCAAGAAUAGCCGUGAAUCCGCCUUUGAGCCCUCUAGAGUUCUAUCGCCUCAACCCAGGCAUCAACUGCAACAACCGCCUGCUGACUACGUUUGAGGGCUUCUCACAGCGCAAGGUGCGGCAUUUGUGUGCUAAGUUGGAUGUGAUGCAGCUUCAGAUUGCAGACGCUGUAAUUUCUUGA